AUUUCCAAACAUGAAUGUGUACAACAAGUGUCAUUUUUUUUAUACAAUAGUACUCAAGAAAGUUAAUCGUUAUUGUGAUUUUCCCUCCAAACGAGUCUCAUUUGUAGCGGUAAUUGACGAAACCACGCUUUACUUUUCUGCAGCAUUCACCAAUGGAGGAACCUACCUUCGACUCUGAUCUAAUCCAUUCCAUCAUGAAGCGUAUUUGGACUUUGCGAACCCUUGAGCGUGAAAAUGUUGCAACCAGUGAUGCUUUGGACUCCGAGGUAGGAGCCGGAUCGUCCAAGAAGAAUCGGACAACUUCUGGUAUUUAUGUUAUCAUUCUGCUAACAUUCUUAUUUGGUGAAGCUAAUGCUAGUGCUCUGAAGCUUACCUGUGAACUUCUCCGGGUUUUUGUCACAGAGGCUGUUCAGCGCGCUGUUGCUAUUGCAGAGACUGAGGGUGAUGGUCAAAUAGAAGCUACUCAUUUAGAGAGUAUUCUUCCUCAAUUACUUUUAGAUUUCUAAAGCAUUUGAUGAUUGGAAAUGCUCAUCUGUAACUUCUAUCUCCCCAAUCAUGAAUCUAAUGAAAAGCUCAUAAUGCUCAUGAA